UCAUGAGAGACCAUCGUUGUCUCUGUCGCGAAUUCAUUGCAUGCUCUUGUUUUCUUUUGAUACGGGGCUCUUGCCACUUACCCAGAUAAGUUCAAUCUCUUGUCCUAGUGUUAAGGCCCAAUCGCAUAUCACCACGACGCCAGCAGCAAUUGUGCAAUAGGUGAAAAAGAUAUUCAAACUGAUAUAUGGCCAGUCACUGGGAUCAUUUGAGACGUAAGUCAUGUUUGAGGGAUGGGUGAGCGAGUGGGGAAUGUCAGUGGUGUAUGAUGAUAGUGUUCCUGCUAUAUAUACCACUGUUCAGCCCUUGUAUCGCCACAAUCGGCGUGAUGGAGAUAGAAAUUCGAUUUCGCCUCAAGAUCCUUGAUCAGGUGAAAGGGUGCGAAAUCAAACAAAAAGCCGGGAAUCAAAGUAGACUUUUAUUUCCAACUCACUAUUACGCACGGGACUACUUCAACACCAGGAAAGUUCCAGUCGUUCUUGAUGUCGACAACUUAUUUCCAACACGAUUUUUUGCUUGUGUUUGCUGCGAGCUUGGAAAAAUUGAAGAGUUCCGUGAAACAAGUAUUACACACUCUUCGGCAUCGCUGGCUGAGCCCGAGGUGUGAUAUCCCCCCGAUUACUCUUAUGGAACAAGGGUCAUCUCAUCUGUCGCCUGGUACGCUCGAAUCAUUCGGCUAUCAUGAUCAUAUCAGAAUGAUGAACG